CCAGCUGUUAGCUAGAGCCAUCAGCCGCAAAAUCACAAAAUCGUCUGCCGCUCAGUAACACCAGUUUAGUCAGUGUUCUUAGUUCGUGGGUAUAGGACGCGUCGUAUAUAGUACGUUAGGGUAUCCAUUCGCUAUACACUUCUUCUUCGUCACCAUUAGGUAUUCUCUGGCUACGGCUGUGAUUUUGUCGUUCCUGGUUUUUGAAACCAAGUGAAUCCUCUCGAGUUAUAAUCCCGAGAACUGUCAUUUUAUUAAUUUUUUUUUUUUUUUUUUAAUAAAUUUAUGUUUUUUUUUUGAGUUUUGGAACAGUCAAAAUUGUUUAAUCACGCCCCCAUACAUUACACCACCCUAAUAUUACACUACUCGUUGCAACACACAAUAAGCAUAAUUAUCCACUUGCCGGGUUUUUUAAGAUACCAAAAAAAAGAAAAAAAAAGGACAUCAAACAAGUAAAGUACUUGUUCACCAAAACGAGUAGAAGAAGAAGAAGAAGAAAAGUGAAGUGCUUGUUGCAGUAAAAAAAACACAGUAAAACCAAAAAAAAAAUAAAAAAUAUUAUAAUCUACCAUCAUGUCAAAGCCCGAGAUGAAAAAUGGAGUGGCUGCAACAACUACCUACGACUUUCAAUACCCACAGCCCAAGGAAAAAGAAACCUUUUUGGAAUUUUGUUAUAAUAAAAAAAAUGGAACCUAUUUUGGACGCACUAUGAGUAGUUGGGGUCGAUUAUUAUUGUUCUACAUAAUAUUCUACAUCAUCUUGGCUGGUCUCUUUGCAAUUUGCUUACAAGGUCUAUUUGCAACACUCAGUGACGAAGAACCCAAAUGGAAAUUAGAUUCAUCGCUAAUUGGCACAAAUCCUGGUCUAGGUUUUCGUCCAUUGAGUGAAGAAACUGAACGUGGUUCUGUAAUACAAUUUGAUACAAAAAAACCUGGUGAAUAUAAAUAUUGGAAAGAUUUAUUGGAUGAAUUUGUACAACCUUACAACACAACCGGAGGAAUGAAUGAAAAAGUCUGUCAUUUCGGUCAAACUCAAGACAUCAAAAAAGUAUGCAUUGUUGAUAUUAAUGCAUUUGGUGAAUGUUCACCAGCCAAACAAUACGGCUAUGAUAAGGGUCGUCCAUGUGUAUUUUUGAAAUUGAACAAAAUUUUCGACUGGGUUCCGGAAACUUAUAACGAUGUCAAUAAUUUACCCGAAACUAUGCCCGCUGAUUUAGUUGAACAUAUCAAGAGUCUUAAUGAAACUCAUCGUGAACAAGUUUGGAUAUCCUGCCAGGGACAACAUUCACUAGACAAAGAAAAUAUGGGUCCAAUUUCAUAUUUCCCAGCUCGUGGUUUCCCCGCAUUCUACUACCCCUUCCGCAAUCAACCCGGUUAUCUAAGUCCCCUUGUCGCUGUACAAUUCGAAUCAAUAAAACUAAAUCAAUUGCUAAGCAUUGAAUGUCGUGCUUGGGCCAAAAACAUUAUCUACAAUGGCAGUAUUCGAGAUCGAAUGGGGUCAGUGACCUUCCAGCUAUUUGUCGAUUAGAAUAUAAAACCAUAUUCGUGUAGUAUUUGUAAAUUUUAAUUCACGUAAUAUAUACAUAUAUGUAAAAGUUACUUUAUACACAUAAAUUAUAUUUAUACAUACAUACAAACAACAGAACCAAUUUUGAUAAAAUCGCCUAAAUAAAAAAAAAAUAAAUACCACCAACAUAAAUCUCUCCAUUUAUGAGUAGCGAAUGAUACUUAAAAAAAGGAUUUUUAAAAAAGAAAAUCUUCGAAAGAUAAAAAUUAAAAAAAAAUUAAAUAAAAAAAUCAAAAUUGAAAUCAAAUUUAGCACAGAAGAUGCCUGAAAAAAAAUCACACAUCAUUUAACCAACAACAUAAACAUUGCCGAAGUUGAUUACUUCUCUUCUAUAUAUUUUGUUUCUAUUCGUUUGUUCAGCACAAUUAUUUAUACCUGUGUAAAAUUUAAAAUAAAAAAUUAAUACAUUAAAAAUAUAUUUAUGAUAAAUUAAAAAAAAAAAACUAAAAAUAAGAAAAUUUCCAAUUUUUUUAUGGAAAUCAAACAAAAAAACAUGUUAAUGUAUUUUAUAAAAUAAACUACAAAAAUUAUAAUUUUACUUUCGAGUUUUUUUUUUAUUAAAAUUAACAACAAAAAAAUAUGUUAAAAAAUAAUAAAUAUCUAUUCAGUUGAUGUUCUCUAAUGUUUUCGUUCUGUUUUACUGAAAACAUAUAAAAAUAUUUUGUCUGUGUAUUUUGUAUUUGUAAAUAUAUUUCAAUAAAAUUUAAAACAUUAAAGAAAAAAAAAACAAAAAACUUAAAUAACAUUUUCUUUUAUUUUCGCAUUUUAAUUUUAUUAUUAUUUUUUUUUUAUUUUAAAAUUAAAAGUAAAUAUUACACCAUUUUUUUUUUUCUUUUAUUUUUCACAAUUUUAACGCUUAGCAAAGAGUAAAAACUAUUUUUAUUAUUUUUUUAUUAUUAUAAAUAUAACAUUUUAGUUUCUGUCGACCACUAAAAUUACAUAAUAAUUUAUUUAUAUAUAUUAAAAUAUUUAUAAUAUUGCCUCGGUUUUCAUUUUUUUUUUCUUAAUUCGAAUAAAAACAAUUUUCACAGGAAGUUUUUUAUUAAAAAAAAAAAAUAUUUACGAUAUUAUUGUUUUCUUUUUUCCUAUAAAUUUAACAAUUUUUUUUUUUUUUAAUUUUUAGUUCACCUACAAAAACUAAAUCUAUAAAAUAUAUUUUUUGUUUGGCUUGAAUUUGGGAUCAAAAGUAGAGAAUAGAUUUAUUAUAGAAAGAAAACUAAUUUUUUGUUUUAUAGAAGGAUUAAUAACAAUGAAACCUUUAAAAUAGAAUUAUUUCUUUUGCUUUUUUUUUUAAAUUAAUAAUUUUCUAUUUUGUAUCUAUUUAGGUUUUUUUGUACAGAGUAUUUUAAAAUUUAAAAACAAAAUAUCAAAGAAAUUUUUAUAGCCCACUAAAUCAAAAAAAAAAAAAUAAUAAUAAUAA